AACAAUUUUAGUACUCCAGUAGUAGGAGAGAGAGAGAGAGAGAGAGAGAGAGAGAGAGAGAGAGAGAGAGAGGAGACCACCCUGUAUGGUCCUUGCGAAACUGUGAAGGAACUUUUUUCGCUCCACCCAAAUGAGACCUAAUACAAGCAUUCUCCCUCUUCUUCUGCUAACCCUCUCCCUGGCAACACAAAAUGCAGCAGCCACUUCUCAACAUUUCAGGGAAGCCCCACAAUUCUACAAUUCUCCCGAUUGCCCCUCACUCUGCCACCACAUUAACCAAAACAAAAACGAUGAGCCCGAUAGUCAGAAUCUCAAAAUCUGCUCCGAGAAUGCUGUUCACGUGGCAAUGACUCUCGACGCGGCCUACCUCCGGGGAUCCCUGGCCGCGAUCCUCUCCGUCCUCCAACACUCCUCCUGCCCCGAAAACGUCUACUUCCACUUCGUCACCGCCUCUGCCCCCGCCGCCCACGCAUUCCGCCUCAACCUCACCGUUUCCAAAUCCUUCCCUUACUUGAACUUCAGGUUGUACGAUUUCGACGACGCGGCCGUGGCGGGGCUGAUCUCCACCUCGAUCCGGGCUGCGCUCGACUGCCCGCUCAACUACGCCCGCAACUACCUCGCCGAUCUCCUCCCGCAAUGCGUCAAGAAAGUAGUGUAUCUUGAUUCCGACUUAGUGCUGGUCGACGACAUUGCGAAGCUCGCCGCGACGCCGCUCGGUGGCUUGGUCCUAGCCGCGCCAGAAUACUGCAACGCCAACUUUACUUCCUACUUCACGCCAACGUUUUGGUCCAACCCGUCUCUUUCGCUCACGUUUGAAGGUCGAAACGCUUGCUAUUUCAACACAGGCGUGAUGGUUAUCGAUCUUCAGCGAUGGCGAGACGGUGAUUACACUACGAAAAUCGUAGAGUGGAUGGAGUUGCAGAAGAGAAUGAGGAUCUAUGAGCUGGGUUCGUUACCACCGUUCCUGCUGGUUUUCGCCGGGAACAUAGCCCCGGUAGACCACAAAUGGAACCAGCACGGUCUAGGCGGGGAUAAUUUCCGGGGAUUGUGUCGAGAUUUGCAUCCCGGUCCGGUGAGCCUGUUGCACUGGAGCGGGAAGGGGAAGCCGUGGGCUCGACUCGACGCGAGCCGGCCUUGUCCUCUGGAUGCUCUUUGGGCACCUUAUGACCUGUUACAUACACCAUACGCUCUGGAAUCCUGAUCAGAUUAGUGGGUCGACGAAUUUCAAAGAGGGAAGAGAUCAGAGACUGCAGAAUCCUUGUCUGUUGUGCCGACAGUUUAUAUACGAGUACAAACUUGUAAGACAUGCAAGGGAGAAGUAGACAAGUACUGCUGCCGUGCGUACACAGAAGAAAUAUUCACAAGAUACUCGAGAAAAUAAAACAACUGCUGCCGUACGUGCGCAGAUUUCGACUUUGGGGGUAAUGUUGUUGGCUACACCCGGAUGAAUCUAGUCCAUGUAUUUCCUUUUUGGUGAUAUAAUCUCGUAAUUUUUCUUUUA